UCUGUUGAUUGCCCACAAGAAAGAUGGCUACUGGCACAGUGCAACAUAGUCUUACAUUGUUCUCUAUUGAAAUUUUGCCCUUAACAAGUAUGGAAGCAAUGCAUUUCCUGUUCCGUGAUAUUCGCUCCAAGAAAUAUGCUGAGUGACUCAAGCUCGGAUGGAUGCCAGAGAAAAACAAGUUCUUCGUUCCCUUCGCCUGGAAUUAUGUGCAGAACUGCUGGUAGAAGGUCUUGUCAUUCAGUAUCUUUACCAAGAAGGGAUUCUAACAGAGAACCACAUGCAAGAAAUAAGAUCCCAAGUCACCAACCACAGGAAAACCAUGAUGCUUCUUGACAUCCUACCUACAAGAGGUCCCAAGGCAUUUGAGACUUUUCUAGAGUCCUUACAGGAGUUUCCAUGGAUGAGAGAUAAACUUGAAGCAAAGCGUAAUGAAGUUAUACUAGUUGGGCUUGCAGAGAAUGAGACAACUGAAAUUUCACAACGCAUUUUGAAGAAUCUACCAACCGAUCAGCAGUUGAGCAAACUUGCUCGAAGACUUGGACCUGAAUGGGAACACAUUGUAUUGUAUUUGGGGCUGUCACACAAUGACAUUUACCACUGUAAAGCCAAUCAUCCAUACAAUGUCCAGUCACAGAUUAUAAGUGCAUUUAUUUCAUGGAGACAACAUUUUGGGAACAGAGCUACUAUAGAAAGUCUGUGUGCUGGUUUGAAGAUGGGAGAAGUUGAAUCUUCUGUGAUCCAAGAAAUUUUCAAUGAGCUUUGAUCCAAUCAAGGUUCUAGAAACCUGUUUCCAAUAUGAAAUUAAUAAUGAAAAUAAACAAAUCCAGCAGAUUCACCCAACUGUUUAUCAGUCUCUUCAGUCUCUUUAAAAUUUAAACAUUUAGUUGCCUAUAUAGAUUGUAGAUACACAGGAGUAAGUUCCAUUGUGACCAGAAGGAGGGCUUUGUCAAUGCCUGGCUUAUAAAAUGCUGCCCUCAGGGAUGUGUCAAUAUUAUUCCCUUUUUGAUGCCAGCUUAAAAACUUUUACCAGUAAAUGUUUGAAUUUUGCUGUUGGUUGUAUCUUUUUGUUUGAUCCACAUGUAUCUGCUAGGAUUGGAUGUCUGAUGGUAUGAUAUAGUUUACAAAAUAUAGAUUCUCCAUGCUAGAUUUGGAAAUUAUAACAAUUUUAUAAUCAGUCUUACUUCUCAAUUUGUUGGGAAACAGUUCUGUUAGAAACCAACCCAGGACCCUUGAUAAUCAAACCCAAGUAAGUGUGGAGGACUUAUAGAAAGAUGUUGCAAUCUCAUUAUCAGGUGUCACCUUUUAUCUGAACCGUAAAAUAGUAAGCACUUAUGGAUUGUAGCUUUUGGUGACUAUGUUUGGACUUUUUAUUGAUAAGAGCUGGAAUUACAAUCAAAACUCAUGGGAACUAUUUGUAUAUGCAUAUAUUUUAUGCAUUCUAUUUGCUUUUUAUUGAUAAAUGUUUUACCGUAAUUUAUAGUACCAAUAAAGACUUUAUACCAUGAAAAAAAUAUAUAGAUUCUGCCAGAUUCUGCUGAAAUAUUGUAGUUUGGCAGUUUGGCAUUCAAGAACUGAUGGGCAACAUGGAACUUCUGGUUUAACAUUUAUGAUAUAGGCAGCACUUGCAGACAUUAGAACCAACACACAUGUACAGUUUUAUGUCCGGGGGCGGGAUCGUAGCUGUGUUAGCCUGUUUCAGGAAAGCUAAAAAUUACUGUGUCAAAAUGAAAGUAAAAUUACUUCAAAAUGUAUGAAUCAAUACUGUGCUAGAAUAAACAUAUGUUACUCUUUAA